CCUAGUAGGACGGUAUUCUGCUGUGAGGCUGCAACAGCUGACUGCUGAGCACUUUACCCAGUGCCUCAAGGAACAAAGAGAGGAGGAAAGAGCCAUCUAAAUUCGAUUUUUAUUUUUAUGGGACUGAAAAGCUUUAGUCACGGCGAACACACGCUAUGAGGCACGCAGUAGCACCAAUAGAAUCCGUGGGGAAUAAUUCAUUCGCAGUGACAAACCUCCUAAAGAUAUGUUCCCAUUGUGAACGGCGUAACAAGAAGGACUUGGGAGUAAGGAUCCCAAGACCCCUUGGCAACGGACCAAGCAGAUUUAUCCCAGAAAAAGAGAUUCUCCAGGUCAGUAAAGUGGACCCCCGAACACAGUCGAUAUUUGAGGAUGCGUUUGCAGCCCUCGGACGCCUUGACAAUAUCUCCCUAGUCAUGAGCUUCCACCCUCAGUAUCUGGAGAGCUUUCUGCGCACACAGCACUACCUGCUGCAGAUGGACGGGCCCCUGCCUUUGCACUACCGACACUACAUCGGCAUCAUGGCGGCAGCUAGACAUCAGUGCUCCUACCUGGUCAAUCUACACGUCAACGACUUCCUCCAGGUGGGGGGUGAUCCCAAAUGGCUCAACGGACUGGACGAGGCCCCACAGAAGCUGCAACAACUCGGAGAACUCAACAAAAUCCUGGCCCACAGACCCUGGCUUCUCACCAAGGAGCACAUCGAGCACCUUCUGAAGGCAGAGGCACACAGCUGGUCCCUGGCAGAGCUCAUUCAUGCAGUGGUCCUCCUCACACACUAUCACUCCCUCGCCUCAUUCACAUUUGGCUGCGGCAUCACCCCCGAGAUCCACUGUGACGGCGGCCACACCUUCAGACCCCCCUCCCUCAGCCAGUACUGCGUCUGUGACAUCGCCAACGGCAACGGGCAUGCAAUUCAUCACGAUGAUCUGGGCAACCAGGAACUGAACGGGGAGGUGGAGGUGCUGAUGGAGCGGAUGAAGCAGUUGCAGGAGUGCGAUGAGGAGGCCACUCAGGAGGAAAUGGCUACACGCUUUGAGCGCGAGAAGUCCGAGAGCAUGUUGGUGGUCACCGCAGAGGACGAGGAGUGUGUCCCAUCCAGGGAUAUCUCACGACACUUUGAAGACCCCAGCUAUGGCUACAAGGACUUUUCCAGGAGAGGGGAGCAGGUGCCCACAUUUAGAGUCCAGGACUACAGCUGGGAGGACCACGGUUACUCUCUUGUGAAUCGGCUCUAUCCAGAUGUGGGUCAGAUGCUGGAUGAGAAGUUUCAGCUCGCCUACAAUCUGACGUACAACACCAUGGCCACACACAAAGAUGUGGACACCAGCAUGCUGCGCCGCGCCAUCUGGAACUACAUCCACUGCAUGUUUGGCAUCAGAUAUGAUGAUUAUGAUUAUGGGGAGAUAAACCAACUUCUGGAUCGUAGCUUUAAGAUCUACAUAAAGACCAUGGUGUGUAGUCCCGAAAAGACCACCAAACGAAUGUAUGAAAGUUUUUGGAGGCAGUUCCAGCACUCCGAGAAGGUCCAUGUUAAUCUGCUUCUUAUGGAAGCGCGAAUGCAAGCUGAACUGUUAUACGCUCUGAGAGCGAUCACCCGCUACAUGACAUGAAGUGCUUUUGGCGUUUUUAUCAAUGUCUUUUUUACUGUUAUUGUUGUUAUUCGUUUUGGGAAAUCAUAUUCUGGCUGAGACCAGCAAAAGGAGAUGUGAGAAGCCCUACUUUGUGACGAUGCUUGUUUGGUGUUGGAUCGCUGAAAAGAAGAACAAAGAAGAUUCAUCUCAAAGAGGACUCACAGACCUAGUUUGUGUGGCCUGCAGUGCCAAACCUGACCAGCAGAGAGCAUCCUGGAGCAGGCUCCUCUACUGGGGAGAAUGUGCCAGGCCAUAGCACUGACACCAGACGCAUCCAGAAAGACAUUUCAGUAUUUCAACAUGCAACACACUGGUUGCCAACACGUUCUGUCUCUGACAGAGAUAUGGCCCACAGAAAAUCUAUGUUAACUGUGCAGCCACAACCAGCCUGCACUUUGAUUUUGUGUCACUGUUUGUUGUUUAGUUUCUUUAAUUUCAUUUUGUAUUUUGAGAGAUGAGGAUGUUGAGGAUAUGGUUGCUGUUCGCAGUAACAUAGACAGGAGAAUUACUGUGGACGGUGAUAAUCGUGUGCCUGAACUCUCCAGCACAGUGUGCAUAUGUGCUGGUGUUGCUGCUCCCAUCUUGUAUUCACCAGGGUCAUAUUGACCCCAAAAGCCCGCUCCUUAAACCUUUUCUGCCCCUUAAACCCCUAUCCAUUUGGAGAUAAUGCAUUACCCCAUUCCUUCUCAACCCUGAUCUAAAUCUCAAAUGUCGAUAAGCUAAUCUGAGGAGUAACUCAAAGAACACUGUUGAGCCCCGAGUUUGUGUGAAUGUGACUAACGUGUGGAUGGAUGUGUGCAUUUCACUCAUGUGAGAAAAGUACGUCUUCAAGUUUCAUGUGUCAAAAAAGCGAGGCACUUUGAAGGAAAACUUCUUGCUUCUGCUGUAGCUCUGUAAUUGUGAUAUAACUAUAUCAUUUGUUAAUGACGUUUGUAUUUCUGGUAAUGAGAAAAGCCUAAUCGAAAGAAAGAUCACCAGGAUUUGUGAGAGGGAUUUGCUCCCGGUAUCUGAGGUGUGAGAGUCACACCUAUCUGUCUUCCGCUUAUCCCCACGGCCUGGUCCCCUGAUACUUUCAAAGCUUCAGAUUGUGAAUUUACCAGUAAAUGAAUACCUCUCAUGUUUUCUUUCAAAACAUAUAAGAAGUGCUCUUGGUGAGCAGAGACUUUUGGGUGGUGGGUUCCCGUGAUCGGGGGCGCCCCGCUCCACACAGGGCCACAGGUUGUAGCUGUGCUUAUUUCCUCUCGAGGGAAGUCUAACCCAUGCAAAAGCAGCUUUUUUAUUUGAUCCAGAGGCAUGUUCCUCUGCUGUAUGUUUUGUUUACUAAACCAGUACUGCAUUCUUCUGAGUUGGACUGAGACAGACGAAUGAGUGAUAAGAAGAUGGUCUAAGGAUGGUACAUUGGACAUGCUUUGACAGAAAGUGGAUAGUUUUUUUGGUGUCAGUUACUGACAUUUUUAUAUAAAAACUUAAAAAAAAAAACAGAAAACUUAAAAAUAAAUCAUGAUAUUGAA